GUUCGCUGCAGGCAUUGGACGCGAGUGGAAAAGUCACAGGAAAAUAUUUACCGUUAGCCUGCCGCCGCCAUCGUAUUGCGUGUACAAAAGGGGCGUGUGCGUGCGCCAGUGUGUGUGUGUGUGUGUGUGUGUGUGCGUGUGAGCUGGUGAGCGUGUAGUUGUGGGCCAGGGGAAUUGAGAAAGUACUAGUAUACAAGUAGUAGCCCAGUUGGGCGCUCAAGCAGUACGUGCAAAAUACUAAGCGAUGAAGAAGUGCCUUUAUAAUUUACCGAUUAUCCUGACAUUACUUUGCCCAAACCUAGUCCGAAAGUAGUAUUCCAAAGCCAGGUAUAUAUAUGUAUAUAUAAACCUAAAGAAGCUGCAAGUGUUUGCCUAACAAAAACAAACAGUUGCAUAAAUAGGCAGUUGCCCAAGAGCCCAAUAUCAUAUAAACAAAGGAAAUAAGUCCUGAAAGGCGACGAAUUUAAAGUAGAAAUAUAGAAGCCAGAAUUUUCGCCUGCAAGGUACAUGAAGUGCGCCAAAAAUUCUGCAGUGCAAAGUUCACCUUCACCCAGUGUGUAUGACAUGCAGGCGUAUGGAAAAUCGAUACCAGAAGCACCAGCAGUUGCAACGCUCUACGACCGCUCCCACUUAGCCACACCGCACUGCAUCAUCGGGCAGCAGGUCCUUUGAGCUCCAGCGCACAUCGUACUUCCAGUGGUUUCGGCGGUGCAGGAACUCCGACGACAUGGUGGAUGCCAAGCCGCAGCCACCCACUCCGGGCGCAAUGCCUGGCACAGGAACACCGCCGGCCGGAUUCGCCGGCGAGCGAUCGAAGAUCAAGCUGUUCAUGGAACGGACGCCCAGCAUCGGUGCCCUCAAGUCCAAGUUCCUCACCGUGCUGGGCAACAGCAACGAGCUGCUCAACGGAAUAUCGAACAAGCUGACCCUGAGCAGCAGUUCCAGCGAUUCUGAUUACUGCGAUGACGACGAAGAUAUACCCAAGUUUGAUGAGAGCAUCGAUUACACCAAGAUCGACUUCGAAGGGCGGCGAGUGAAGGCGCGUCGAGCUCACGAGGAGAUCAUCUCAGGACGAUAUCGCCAGCCCAAUUUGGCGCCACGGCCACGUUUGGAGCCAUCACGUGGGCGGCACGCGGCCAGCAAACUGGGUGGUCCACUUCGCUCCAGCUCCGGCUCCUCGAGCAGCUCCAGCAGCAGCGACGACAGCAGCUCCAUAUCCCUGCCCGAGCACAUGGCCAAUCGAUCCCACGACGUGAGCAGCACCACUCGCUCGGAUUCCAUAGAGUCGCGUCACUCCGGCGGUUAUGAGAGGGCCAGAGCCAUUGCAGGAGCCCGUCGCAGCGAGAUGGACAUGCAGAGGGAUGUGCAGAGGAUUGGCGAGGUGGGCGACACCCUGCCGCCGCACAUAGAUGUGCAGCCGCCGACGGAGGCAGGAGUGGCAGGAGCGGCAGGAGCGGCAGCCGCAGGACGGCAGCAGUGGGGGGCGGGCGGUAGCAACUCGAUGCGCUUGCCGUCGCGCAGUCGCGCCUCCAACAGCAGCACUCUGACCAGCCUGCGCGAUGAGCCGGAUCAGCUGUUGGCUAGCCCCAGCAUGGAGUCCACCGACUGGCGGCACUUCAUCCGCUCGGAGUCGCAGAACUCCGUGCCCUCGUGGGCUUCCUCCAUCAGCCUGGAUUGCCGAGCGGGCGAGGAGCCGGUCAAGGAGUUUAUGAAGCACUUUACCGCUCUGCUGUUUGGCGGAUCACCGGGAGCCGUUGAUCUCGAACUGAAGUCGGAGUUUGGCGUGCUGCUGCGUCUGGAGAUCGGUCGACUGUGGUUCACCCGCUUCCUUACCGAGCAGCGCCACAAGUCCAAGCGGCUGGACUCGCUGACGUUCGGCGGUCUGGCCCAGUACUUCGCCUUGGCCCUGUUCGAGUGCAGCGAGUGCGAGGAUUAUGGCCCGGCUGCGGUACUGAUGAACCUGUGUUUCCUCUUCUACCAUGAGGUCGAGGUGCCCGGCUGCGAUCCCUAUCGCGAGUACCUCUUCUCCUCGCUGCGCCAACAGCCCAUCUGGCAGCAGGCGCGCUACUGGAACGCCAUCUUCCACGACGCCAUGCAGGCGGAACGGGAGCACCGUGGUCAGAGUCAGAUGCGGCGCCAAAUGCGCCGCCAGCAGAAGCAGCAGCAGCGGCAGGCAGCUGGCGCAGCAGGAUCAGGAACGGGAACAGGAACGGGAACUGCAGAUGCGCCUGCUGCCAAGUCGCAGCGCAAACAGGGCGGCGACUCCUCCUCCAGCUCCUCGCAUCAGGCGGCACCAUCGGCCACUCCGGCGGCUCCAGUCUCCACUGGCUCCGUGCCAGCCAACCGGAGGCCCAGCAAGACCAGUCUCACCCAGGCGCAUUCGGUCAGGGACCAGGAGGACAUUGCAUUUCGGCAGCUUGGGGCAUUGACGUGCAAUAUGCACUCAUUGGGAACCUCCCAGGAAUUGUGCCUUGACUUCCUGAAAAAGAACGUGGUGGCCCACAACCUAUCCAAGGAUAAAGCCAAACUUAUCAGAGACAAUAUAUAUCGAAUGUACCAUGAGACGCAACUUUGGGGAGCUCGACACGCCUGAGUAACAAUAGUAAAAGUACCUAACAAAAUCGAGUUUCAAUCUUCGUCUCAACCAAUGCUAAACUUUUGUCUUAAGUCAGCCGACACCUCCAAACUAAUCCUAACUAAAGUAGCAGAUCAAUGAAGUUUUAUCUGAAAUCUGGUGUUUUUACUCGCGUUGUUGUAACCGUAAAGAUAUUAAUGCGAUAGUCAUUCUUGUAACUGGGUUUGUAAGCUCCACUUGCAAUUGCUUGUAUUUUUUACACCUAUGAAAACAAAUAUUAUGAAUUGUGGUCAAUAAAUUGGGAUUAUAGAGGAUAGA